AUGAAGUUCUACCCCACACUCUUACUCAUCCAGCUGCUCUCCGCUACAUCGGCUAUCCCAGUACCUCCCUUGAGCGCAGAAGUCUCGUUGUCGGAUUCCGUUCGAUCGUGGCAAAGUGCAGUUAGCGAGAUUGACGAUAAGAUUUCGGCUGCUACGAUGAAGAAGGAAGCAUUUGGGAGGCAGGAGAAGUGGAUCGGAGGUGUAGGGGCUGGGUUGACGACGAUGGGUACGGUGGGGUAUGUUGUUAGUAGUGCGGUUCCGGUGAUCAGGAGGCAGAGGGAGAGGAGCGCGUUGAAGCAGCUGAAUGCUGCUUUGAAGGCAAAGGGCUGCGGAGUGAGGAGAAAGCAGCAGCAAGCGAGCGGGAAGUGGAAGACGAGACGUUCGGCGGAAGAGCCAGUGCUGAAUGCUGCGUCCAACUUGGCAAAAGAUGGGUUGGAUGAGGACAGGGAAAGCUUUUCUAGCGCACUCAGUCGGUCUUCCAGCGAGAGGUUCGAGGACGUUGACGGCGAUCACCGUCUCAAGGUCGUCGAUCAUGCUACAGACCCAAGGGACUACUAUCUGUCCACCUCACCGCCUCCUUCACGCAGACCAAGCCUCGACCUCGACCACAUCCACUCACCACACAACCAGGACACCACACCCGAUCGCUGGCGAAACGACAUCGAAGACCAACUUCACACCCUCUAUUCCUCCAUCGUCGACCUCAAGCACCAUCAGCACGAUCAAGUCUCGACAUUCUCACCUUUCGCCAAGACGAUGAUCGCUGUUGGCGCGUUCAACGCUGUCGGGGGAAUUGUGUCUGCUGAACUGAGUGCACAGAAUGCGGUCCAGAUCAAAGAGUUAGGGGACGGUCAUUUCAGCUACGAAACUUUGGCACAAAGCCCGGAUCGACUACCUGGCUCCGUCAUCCGUCUCGAUCCUCACACCUUCCACCAUAUCGACGGCCUCACGCUUGACUACAGAAAACAUGCAAUAGAUCGUCGACAUCUGCGAGUCGUUCGACUCACCUCGACUUGCCAACACUGGUACGCUUACGCCACGAAUCACACCAAGUUCAUCGCCAUGAUGCCGUCUCCGCAAGUCGACCCGAGACUGCCAUGCUACGAAGGUCACUUGACCCUGAACCGUGCCGUGCUUGUUGAUGGUCUAGACUCUAGCAAUAGUACCGCAUGGACUGAAACAUGGUGCAGCCUCGAGGAUGGAAGGCUUCUCGUCUACACGGACCGUACCGCGGCCUUGAUCAAUCCCGAACAGACAUGUGCCGUGAUCGACGUUCGCAGCUUUGCUGCUGUCCAAGCCUCGAAUAUCGCUUCCGAAUACGGCUACGAGCUUAUACUCAGCCUGUCUCCCCCCGAAUCCACAAAAUCCGGCCGACUCUUCCGCCCGAAAUCAGCCUGGAGCCUCAGUAGACCCCACUCAGACUCGCCACUUAGAGAUGCUGAUCUGGAAUCGCAACCUCGCAGCUCCAUGGCUUCAUUCAGCCGUGCCAGCUUGCGUGGCAGUCCUCUAACCUUGAACGGAGCAUCGUUCUCAUCGACCAACGUUGAGCUCUACAACUCUGACUCAGCUCAAUCUCGCUCUUGGUCAAAAAUUGCCUCGGGGUCACGUAACCUCUAUUCCAAAGCCUCUACGUCGUCCAAUGGCAGCCUUCGCAAAGAUGUACGCACCGUCUUCCAUCCUGACUCUGCUACAUCAAGCGCCUCUUCGUUCUCCGCCACAAGGUCGUCAUCAGAUACCGCAACGAACGGUGUAGCCUCGCCUUGCACACCACUCUCUCCAACCUUCAGUGCGUCCUGCGAGCGCAUCGUCAUGGGCGUUGCCUCUCUAGAGACACUGCGCAGCUGGUCUGAUGCCUUCAAGUUGACGAUCAAGUUGUACAACGAGAUGGACUUGAUCCCAUUGCCCUUGCUCGGACAGAGAAGGUCGAUUGCCGGGCAACUCUCCUUCAGUAACCUAGCUGGCUUUCGCACACGAGCGUCUCUAGCUGCAAGUCCGGUUUUCCCCACUCACGAAAUGAGCAGCGACGCAACUCUGGAGGAAACCACCCCGAAAGCAUCUCGCAAGCGCCACGCUUCGGUGACCAGCUUUGCUUUCGCCUUACAAGCCUCCAGCCACCUGCAGCAACAGACCGAUGUUCACCCUACAGCACCUCGACAGGACCGGCCACGGUCAGUCUUGGACAGAGGUUCUGGUGGCGUCCCUCUGACUGAACAUCAUCCUGUCGGCAAGACGGUGGAAUGUCAGCCAGUUACGAUCGGUAGACGAUCCUCGUUCGCCCCGGAAGCUUUCGCGAUCCCAAGCACGAAGCGCGAGGAAUCCAAAGAUCGACACAAGCGUUCUUUCUCUACAGCUUCCUCGUCCCUGUUGUCUUCGGCUAUUGAUCGUCUGUCGAUCAAUCGACGAGACAGUCUUUCGAGUGGACAGCCGUUGGCCUCGGGUAAGACUUCAUACACAUCAGUUGCAGGAGUCGACGUGAGCAAAACGCCAUCGCAAGACAGCUUCUUGCAACCUCAAAUUCAGGACCGCCCACAAAGUCAAAACAUCGCCGAGUCGACAGCCAGAGAUACACCGCCACCUUGCAGGCAUCGACGAUCGGGAUCGCUCCUACAUUUUGCCUCGACGAGGGUCAUGGCUUGGAGAGAUGUCACCGCAGCAAGUGCUUCGAGCGAGACGCGACCACCGAAUGGUCUGGGAUUCGAGGUGGAUCGACGUGAGACCGUCAGUGGCAACCAAGCCGAGAGGAAGACAACGAAGAGCUUUCAGAAGUUCAGGUCGCUGCGUUCCCUGGCCAAAAGCAAGCCGGUUCUCGGACAAGGCGGCCUCGACCGCCUGUCGUCGUCGAUAUCGAGAGGCAGCGAGGACCGGGGUGGAGAUCAAAGCUCGGCCUCGGUCCGGUCUGCCAUGGCCUCGACAAAGGGCAAGGGGAUGUCUAGGACCAGUUCAUUGCUGAGUUUGACGAAGACGACUUUCAGCUCCUUGCGUGGUAGGGCGUCCUCGCGGCAGGAUGUGAGGACAGUGUUUGCGGCUCCGCAUAAAGCUGACGGUGGCGGUGACGAAGACGAGACUUUGGCUGGCGAUUUCAGCUACGAAAUUGUGAAGGGGACACAGGAGGGAGGCGCGGUAGGGUCGGCGCUGCUUCCUUCGGCGAUUGCAGACGGUGCGUCGCAGGUCAGCCUAGCCGGAGCUCCGGAUGUCGACCAGCUGUCCCGGGCCAGCGGUUUGGACGUCGAUCCCGCGUUGGCAGCAGGUCCGGCCGAGCUGACUCGACAUCCAUACAGCCUAUGGGAUGAUGACACAUCAUCACCGCGUCUACCUGUCGAACGCAUCCUGCCUCCCGAGCAGAUAAUCCGGACGUUCGACGAGCUUCGUUACACCCCGCAGCCUAGCCCUCGAUCGACGCUUGGAGAUGCAAUAUGCGGACCAUUGCUGCGAGCGGCUGCUUCUCAGACCUUUGUGCGUGGCGAGGCGAGUCAGAAUUUGCGUGGGUGCGUGUCGACCUGGGAGCUGGGCGGGUUGCAGGCGGGGGGUCGACGGGCGGUGGAAAAGUCGGAUGCACGGGUAGCACAGCGAAGGGUGGCCGGGGAGGUGGCGUUGCAGAGGUCGCUGCCUGCGCCUCCGAGGGGCAGACGGCGUGCAAGGCGGGUCGCGUCACAACCGGUCAUGGAGAACGAUCAAAACGGAACGGUCGAAAAGGAAAAGAUGAGCAGGAGUGCGUUUGGUGACGUGACGAACAUCAAAAAGGACGAUUCAAAGACAGGUCAAGCGGUGACCACGAAGUCGUCGGUGGACAGAGUAGGAUUAACCUCGUCAAGGAAGCCGGGUAGGAGCAGGGGUGCGGUUGGUGUGGAUGCAAGUGGAUGUUUUUGA